AUGGCAUCCUCACGUCGAGAAGGUGGAUAUGGAAAGUCGCGCGUAUCCUCAAUCGCCUCCAUGGUAAACGAUUCCCAGCUUCCUGAAAAGGCGCCAACAAUUGAAAACACCGUUCAAGUGGAGAUUUUGAAAGGCGGCUUUUGUGGUUCUGUGGCAUUCUGGUCGUGUCUCCAAGACCCACGCGAAGCGAUAUUUCCGGCAACAUCCACUUCAUGCCUAGAUUCUAGUGUAUUUUCUAAGGAGCGGGGUCUUCAGUUCUUUGACGGCAAAGCGGUGGAGAAGGGAGAUACUGUGGAACUUCGCGUCGUUCAGGAAACCGACCAAUUGGUUUUCCUCACCGUUCCCUCUCAACGAAUACCUCGGCAUGCGGCCCUCCCUCGAUGGCAUUUUGACAUGGUCCUUGAUGAUCGCCGAAACCAGGCUUUUGAAAAGGCAAUUCGGCGCGGCAUAGAAUUUAAGAAGUCGAUUGGCUGCGAGCUGUUGACGGUCCUGGAUGCGGGUGCUGGAUCAGGACUUCUGUCGAUGAUGUCUGCAAGGGCAGGAGCUGGAAAGGUUGUGGGCGUGGAGAUUUCGCCCCAUUUGUGUGAUACAGGAGAGGAGAUUGUUAUCAUGAAUGGCUUUGGCGGGGUGUGCAAAAUGAUCAACAAGGAUGUGCGGCACGUCUCCUCAGCGAACAGACCUAACAACAACCCACCAGAUCUGGAUGGAAAAGCACAAAUAUUAGUGAUGGAGGUAUUCGACUCAGGGCUCAUCGGAGAAGGCGCGCUGCACAUCAUUUCUGCUGCUUAUCGGAGUUUCCUAGAUGAAGACGCAAUCAUCCUACCGGCGGGCGCUACUGUGUACUUUCAACUCAUCCAGGUUGACCGGGUGUCCCAUGUCCACGGCAUUGACGUGAGCCACAUCAACAGGUUUCAUUGGCGCCCAAGCUACGACGGGAUCGACCUUCGCCGUGGAAAACACAUCUGGCACGCUCUGUCGGACGAGGCGAUCGCGUUUGAUUUCAAUUUUUACGAACAUGAAAAAAACAUGAGGCCCGCCAGCUUGCGGGUAGAGCUCAGAGCUAAGGAUCAAGGCAUUGUGAAUGCGGUGGCGUUUUGGUUCGAUCUUCAUCUCGACGAACAUUGCACGCUCUCGACGGGCCCCAAUGCGGAACAAUGCACGUGGCAGCAAGCCGUUCAGUAUGUGCAGGAGCGGAGGGUCAAGUCAGGAGACAGGGUGGUCGUCUACGCAAGCCACGACACAAGAGGCAUUGCGUUUGAG